UUACAGAUCGACUGCCGAGCUGCGGGAAGCAGAAAGUUGUGCCUCCCUACUAUCUCAGCAUCCUUCCCAGCAGUGGGGGGAAAAAAGGAGAAGCUAAACAAGCAAAAGUUUUCCUCCGACUCGCGAAAAGAGCAGUCGACAUGGAUGAAAAGGAGUUGUUCGUGUGAACGGACGAAAGGACCGACGAAAACAUUCUCCGCCACGGUGAAAGUAUGAUAACAUAGCCGGCGCUUUGGGUGGCGUUUUUGUCUGAGAAGACGCGAAAACCUAAACUGUGGGAAAGUUUGAAGCGGGUCUGGCUAUGGCGCGGAGGAGCGCAGACGCCGGGAUGGACAAAGCUCCAAAAGUCAAAAGACAACGAAAGAAGAAAACCAAGGAGAACAAAACCAGGACUGUCCACGCAAACAUACUCUACGACUACGCCAAAGGGGAGGAAAACCCGAACCGACACUAUGCAAACAACAAGAUUAAGACGACCAAAUACACUGUGCUGUCAUUCCUGCCAAAGAACCUAUUUGAACAGUUUCAUAGGUUUGCUAAUGUUUACUUUGUUUUCAUCGCUUUGCUCAAUUUCGUCCCGGUUGUCAACGCGUUUCAGCCAGAACUCGCUCUGGCUCCGGUGGUUUUCAUCCUGUCCGUCACUGCCAUCAAAGACUUGUGGGAGGACUACAGGAGGCACAGGUCGGAUAAAGAAAUCAAUCACAUGGAUUGUCUGGUCUACAGCAGAGCGGAGAGGCGCUAUGUGGAGAAGUACUGGAAGGAGGUGAGGGUGGGAGACUUCAUCAGGCUGCGGUGCAACGAGAUCCUUCCUGCCGACGUCCUGCUGCUCAGCUCCAGCGACCCCGACCGCCUGUGCCACAUCGAGACCGCCACACUGGACGGAGAGACCAACCUCAAGCAGAGGCAGGUCGUCCGCAGCUUCUUUGACCUGGAUUGCGACUUUGACCCAUUAAAGUACAACAGCGUAAUUGAAUGUGAAAAGCCCAACAACGACCUGAACAGAUUCAGAGGCUACAUAAUCCACCGUAGAGGCAGAAGAGAUGCACUUUACAAAGAAAACCUGCUGCUGCGAGGCUGCACCAUCCGCAACACAGAGGAGGCUGUGGGAAUAGUCAUUUACGCAGGUCACGAGACCAAAGCCAUGCUGAACAACAACGGCCCGCGUUACAAGCGCAGUAAACUGGAGAGACAGAUGAAUGUAGAUGUGUUCUGGUGUGUCAUCAUCCUGCUGGUCAUGUGCCUGUUUGCUGCUGUGGGUCAUGGGCUGUGGAUGUUUCAGUACGGAGAUAAGAGGCCAGUGUUUGACGUCCUCAGUCCAGAGGGGACCAACUUAUCGCCCAUCAUGUCGGCCAUUUAUCUCUUCCUCACCCUGAUCAUUGUGUUUCAGGUGCUGAUACCCAUCUCCCUUUUUGUGUCGAUUGAGAUUGUGAAGAUCUGCCAAGUGUACUUCAUCCAUCAGGACAUGGAUCUGUACGACGAGGAGACAGACUCUCACCUGCAGUGCCGAGCACUUAAUAUCACUGAGGAUCUGGGCCAGAUGCAAUACAUCUUCUCUGACAAGACAGGCACUCUGACGGAGAACAAGAUGGUGUUCCGACGCUGCACCGUGGCGGGGGUCGAGUACUCCCAUGAUGCAAAUGCGAGAAGACUCGCCAUGUACCAGGAAAUGGAUUCCGAGGAAGAAGAGUGCACGUCUCACGGUGGCACCCUGCCCAGGCGCGACAGCGUGACCAGCCACCAGAGCGCCCGCGUGGUGCUGCGCUCCCAGAGCACCAAGUCCCACCGCAGGACGGGAAGUAGGGCGGAGGCCAAGCGAGCCAGCAUCCUGUCUAAGCACACAGCUUUCAGCAGCCCCAUGGAGAAAGAUAUCACCCCCGACCCUCAGCUCCUAGACAAAGUCAAUGAAUGCAGCAGUCAGAUGGACUUCAUGCGCUUCCACAGCCAGCCCAUGUCCCAGCUGCCCUCCGACCUCUCUGACACCAUCGAUUUCUUUAUCGCUCUCACCAUCUGCAACACGGUGGUGGUGUCCUCCCCCAACCAGCCCAGGCACAAGGUCCGUAUGAGGUUUGAGCUGAAGUCUCCGGUCAAGACGAUCGAGGACUUCAUCAAGCGCUUCACCCCCAGCCGACUGACCUCGGGCUCCAACAGCAGCAGCUCCUCCAGCCUCAUCACCAACCGCUCUUCCAACAAGGGGUGCUCCAGUAUUCUCUCGUCGCCCUCGGCGGAGAGCACGCUCACCAAGCUGCACGAAGAGCAGGCCUCCGGAAAUCCCGAGCACGCCUUCAGCCCCGUCCCGCCCAGCUACGACGGGAAGCCCUGCUGGAACCUCGAGGACGGGGAGCUUCGCUACGAGGCCGAGUCGCCCGACGAGGCCGCCCUGGUCUACGCCGCCAGGGCCUACAAGUGCUCCCUCGUGGGGCGCCUCCCCGACCAGGUGACCGUGGAGCUGCCUCACCUGGGGAAGCUGAGCUUUGAGCUGCUGCACACUCUGGGGUUUGACUCCACCAGGAAGCGCAUGUCAGUGGUGGUUAAACACCCUCUGACGGAUCAGAUCACCGUUUACACCAAAGGAGCCGACUCUGUCAUAAUGGACCUCAUCAAACCCCCUGACACAGGAACCUCCAAGGGAAAGCGUCUGAAAAAGAUUGUGUGCAGGACCCAGAACUACCUGAACUUGUAUGCGGCAGAUGGCCUCCGCACGCUGUGCAUUGCCAAAAAGAUCCUGAGCAAAGAAGAGUACGCAUGCUGGCUGCAGCGUCACUUGGAGGCCGAGACGGCCAUUCAGGGCAGGGAGGAGCUCCUGUUUGAGUCCGCCCUGCGACUGGAGACAAACCUCCAUCUUCUGGGUGCGACUGGCAUCGAGGAUCGGCUGCAGGACGGCGUGCCCGAAACCAUAGCCUCUCUGCGGAAGGCCGGCCUGCAGAUAUGGGUGCUGACGGGCGACAAGCAGGAAACGGCGGUCAACAUCGCGUACGCGUGCAAGCUGCUGGACCCUGAGGAGGAGAUCCUGACGCUAAACGCCGACUCUCAGGAGGCGUGCGCUCUGCUGCUGGAGGAGAGCUUGCACUACAUCCAGGCCAAAUUCCUCUGCAGCUCCGCGGACCAAGCGGCCAAAGCCUUCCACGCUAACUUCGCGCCCUUCGAGAUCUAUUCCUCUUCAUCUCUGUCCUCCCCGCCGUCAUCUUCCCACGCCGCUCCCUUCUCGGUGCACCGGCUGGGCCUGGUGAUUGACGGGCGGACCUUGGCCUACGCCCUGGACAAGAGCCUGGAGGACAAGUUUCUGGCCGUCGCGCGGAGCUGCCGCUCCGUGCUCUGCUGCCGCUCGACGCCGCUGCAGAAGAGCAUGGUGGUCAAGCUGGUGCGGAACAAGCUGAAGGUCAUGACUCUGGCCAUAGGUGAUGGAGCCAAUGACGUCAGCAUGAUCCAGGUCGCGGACGUGGGCGUGGGAAUCUCGGGGCAGGAGGGCAUGCAGGCGGUGAUGGCGAGUGACUUUGCUCUCCCACGUUUCCGGUAUCUCCAGAAGCUCCUGCUGGUACACGGGCACUGGUGCUACUCCCGACUGGCGAACAUGAUCCUGUACUUCUUCUACAAGAAUGCCAUGUUUGUGGCGCUCAUCUUCUGGUAUCAGUUCUACUGUGGAUUCUCAGGUUCAGCCAUGAUUGACCAGUGGUAUCUCAUCUUCUUCAACCUGAUGUUCUCCGCCUUCUCGCAACUCAUCACUGGCACUCUUGACAAAGACGUGUCAGCAGAGACUCUCCAGCAACUACCUCAACUCUAUGUGAACGGACAGAACUCGGAGGAAUAUAAGCCAUAUAUGUUCUGGAUGAACAUGAUUGAUGCCUUCUAUCAAAGUCUGGUCUGCUUCUUCAUUCCUUACUUUGCCUACGCUGACUCUGACGUUGAUCUGUUUACAUGGGGAACUCCCAUCACCACCCUCACCCUGUUCACCAUUCUGCUGCAUUUGGGCAUCGAGACCAAAACCUGGACCUGGAUGAACUGGCUGUCGGUCUCCUUCAGCAUAGCCUUGUUUUUCACCGUGGCCCUGUGCUACAACUCGUCCUGCCCCACGUGCUACUCCCCCUCCAACCCCUACUGGACCAUGCAGAGGCUGCUACAGGAGCCCCUCUUCUACCUGCUCUGCGUCAUCACGCCUGUAGCUGCACUUCUCCCCCGAUAUUUCUACAGGGCGUGUCAAGGCACGCUGUGUCCAAGCCCAGUCCAGAUUGGGAGGCAGUUGGAUAAACUCCCCGCUGACAUUCGCACUAACAUCCUCAGUCUGAGCAGGGUCAAGGUGGGGUCUCCGCUCAGCCCCAAGCCUCCCUUCCUGACCGCCAACAAGCCCUCGACCAAAGGUUGUGAUAAAAAAGACCAGAGGAGCAUCGCGGGCUUCAAGGCGUCUCAGGCCAAACAGGGGCCUGUUGUACAAAGAGAUGAAGCGAAGGGCCAGAAAAAACCCGCGAGGCUCACAGACACUGAGAAGCAGCCCUCAGACAUUUACACGUUAGUGCCUUCAGAAAUAGACACUCUUCCCUACACCAAAGACGCUCCUCCGCCGUCAGGGGAGCCACAGCUUCCUUCCGCCAAAGACUCGGAGUAUCUCAACAAGACUUUAGAGCCGUCAGAUUUGAGUCUGUCGAGCUGGAUCACCUCCACACCUGCGCUCACACAGACGGACAGCGUCCAGCUGAACCUGCCCCCUGACGGAGGUGUCAGGUAUAUGAGGAACUCAGAGGAGACACUAAAGUCUGAGCACACCGUUGAUCCAGCACACAGGACAGAGCGGGAGACACAAGAGGCACUGCACACCACCUUGUAAUGUCUAACAGUCUUAAGUAUGAUACUUCAAUUUGCACGAUAUAUUAUUGUUUUUUUUUUAACCUAAUUUUAUUGUAUUUUUCAAGGAGAUUCUUUUAUAAAAGACACAGAUAGGUACUUUAUAUUUUGGAUGUAAAGCUAUAGUACUUUAAGAUGCUUUAAAUGUUUGGGAGAUGGAAGAGCUGGACUAUCUCCCUCUUUUUUUUUCUUUUUCUUUUUUGUUUUUAAUCCUGGAAAACUUAGAUUUCACAAAGAAGCAUCUCAGAACUUAAAAUCAGGUUUUAACGGGAGGAGGAGCAGAGACAUUCCACUGCUGAGUUAUUUGGGACUUUGUCGUCUCUCUGAUAUGGUACCCUGCUCGUUCUUUCAGCUUGGCCUGUAAAAAAACAUUCAGACCUGGAUCAGACACCACUGUGGCCUUCAAUCACUGCUGGUAUUACUCCUGAGGAGAGAAGUGUUAUACGCCCCCCCACAGAUAUGAGGCUGUGAGGAUCAUCCCAAAGCGUCGUAGUUGCAAACAAGCAAAUAGUGGCAUUGGUUCAGUAUAGCUGGAUUUUCAUGGGUUUUAUUUUUAAAUGUCAAAGAAUGAAAAGUGUGUUCAUAGUUGUUGCACAGUGCAUUCUGCUGAGUAAUUACUAAUUAAUAAGAGCUGGAGACUUUAAACGCAAUUCUGCACCAAAGAAAUUUUAUUUCAGUCUUCACACACUAACAGAUCUACCAGGAAUUAUGCUGUGUCUGUGUGUAUGCACGCAAGUGUGUAGAUGUAUGUCUACGUUUGUGUAGACGACUUUAGGUUAGGGUCAUGUGCAUCGCUGUGCUGGUUAAGAUUAGAUUAGAGGCAAAGGAGAUGCAAUGUGUCAAUGAAUCUUCACAGAUGUAGAAUGACACGUGUAUGUUUAUCCAUUGACUCGUUUGAUCUAUUUAAACAGCGCUAACCAUUUUCACGUGUUAUUUAUCUGCAUUCUGGGCACGAACUGCCCUUUUUCGCCCAAAGUUUAGAUCGAUAUACGCUUACUUGCCAUUUUAUUAGGUACACUAGCAAAAGUGAAUGUGUUUGAAUAUUACAGUCCUGCACUAAAUCUUUGCUUCAUGAAGGUUAUGGCAUUCAGCAUUAGUUUCAUUUUAGAGGCUGUGGUUUGUAGUAUGAUUGAAUUGAAUUUAUUAUUUUGCGUCCCCAUUAGUGUGCUUGGCUAAAUAACAGAAACAUUUUAGUGUUAAAUUCAGUCCAGUUUAACAGCACCACAAACUACAUCCUCCGAAAAUGAUCAUCCACUUCGAUUAGCAACUUUCUGACUCUGCUUCAGCUUCAGCUGAACCUUAUAACAGCCAUGAAGGAGUAUUUAGUACAGGACGGUUCGUUUUCACUCGUGUACCUAAUGUUUUGGCAAGCGAGCGUAGUUGCCAUGUCUGUGUUAAAUAUGAAGCUACGUCUGGUGUCUGGAAACUGGGGAGACAGGAUGUCUGGCUUUGUGGAAAAUAAAAUCCACCUCCCAGUAUGUUUACUGCCAGAUAAAUUAUAUCUGUACAGAAACUGUACUGUCUUUAAAAAUAAUAAAAAGCAGAAUUUCAGAUUGUCACCACACACAGCUAUGAAGAAAUCCAGCCUGUAAACCUCAAAAUUUCACUUGAGUGUUACUGUAGCUUAAAUGUUGAGAUAUGAUCAAGAUAGGCUGGUGGAUUUUGUUACAUUUAGACAGAACCAGACAAGGCGUUUCCCCCUGCUGCUAAGCUAAGGUAACCGCUGUGUGGCCUUAGCUUCAUAUCUAACAAAACUAUGUGCAAGUGAGCAGGAAACAGCAGACGGUUAGCGUCGACUGGAAACGACUGGCUAGCCCAGACUAAAAAAAAUGAUUAUCUUUAAGCUAACUGUGGUCUGGCUUUAGCAUCAUAUUUAGCUUACAAAGAUGGAGAGUGAUGUUGUUCAACAAAGCCAGAGCCAGCAGACAGUUAGCUUAGCAUAAAUACCAGCGAAAGAGUUAGCCUGGCUAGCAGUACAGUACAUCUCAAAUCUCACUAAUAAUACUUCAUAUCAUGUUUGUUUAAACCUUACAAUACACCUGUGCAUUGAACGAACCCAUUCUGACAUGUUCAUAAGUGGGAUUUAGAGGUGCUAGCAGGCAGAUUACGCCAGGCUAAGCUAACCGUCGAGCAUUAGCGAUAUCUUUUAACCAUUCCUUUAAGCACUGCAGCAUAGGCUGACAACAAGCUACCGUCACAUUUCAUAAACGAGUUUACUUGAAGUUUCUUUCUCGACAGUUCACUUCAUGUGAUGAGUUUAUUUCAAGCCAGUCGUAUAUUUGUGUCUUUUCUUGCUCGUGUUUAGCAGUAAACCAAAUCUUCAGCGCUGAGAGGUGCUGAAGGUCCUUCCCUAAUGCAAAAACCAUGCAGCCUGAAAAUUUAAAUUUGCACUUUGAAAGCAUUAUGUCCGAACUGCCGUCGAGCGUUGUUGGUGCUGGUGCAGUGUUCAGUGCUCACGUACAGUGUAUAAAUGACGGGAGCUCGUAUCCCAUUCAGACCUUUGCAAACAAUGCAAUGUGUUCGUCUUCAUGCACAAACUAAGGUUGGGAAAUUGGAGAGAUUCUAAGAUUUGUUUAUUAAACGUUUAAAAGCAGCAGCACCUUGGAUAUUUUAUGAUUGUUGUAUCUCUUGUCUUGUUGGAGUAUGUUUUUGUAUAAAGUAAAACAUUUACCAAAGGUCAUUUAUAUUUCUGUAUUUUCUAAGCAGUAGUAUGUGCCUUAACACUGGAUAAGAAAUCACAAAUCUGCUCACGAUGCUGAAUCUGUAUUUGCUCCUGACCGAGGACCUUUGUGUUUGGCUAGAUGUUUAUGAGACUACAUGUUAUGUGGUUCCUUCUUUCUUUUUCCCGCCCAUGCUGCCUUCCUCUGGCAUUUUGUUCCGACUCCACGGUCUGUUCUCUUCAUUUUAUAGGUCCUGUCCGUUCUGUUCUUUUGGCGUCGCACUUCGUGUGCCAGAACGAAGCUCGUACGAAUUCACUGCUGCAUUCCAGCCAACGUACCCACAUCUUGUUCAUCUCACUGCACGCAACCUUGGACACGUGUGAGCUCAUAUUAUUGGCUAUUCAUUUCUAUUUUGGUUACAAAAUGAUGGCUCUGUCGCUCGUCGGGGGGAAUUUAUCUUCUCUCAAUCCAUCAGUGUGUCUCAAGGUAUUAAUCUAGACAGGAUAUUGUCUAGGCCGUGUGAGGAAAUGGACUGUAGUGAGAAGGAAAUGCCAAAGAGCUCCGGGACCUCACAAACUGUUUUUUUUUUUUUAUUAUUGGUUUUUGUUCGCUUUGGGUAAUUUGGGAAUUUCUUGUAGCUACUUGUGAACAAAAAUAAAAUUUCAAAUAAAAAAAAUGUUUAUCGUUUUGCUACCUGA